AUGGGUCAACAUGUAUCUCAUCAAACCUUAAUCAUUCAUAAUAUAACAACUAACGCUAUCUAUCCAAUGUUUUUUAAACUAAAAUCGAAUCUCUUCUUUCUCUUUCUUCUCAUCCUUUCAAUUAUUCGUUCAUAUGUCGCAUUCGACAUUGAAUUAACCGUUUUAAUUCAAGCAAAUCAACGCGAAUGUUUCCAUCAAGUUCUCGACGCUGGUCGAACUGUUGAAAUAGAAUACGAAGUCGUCGUUGGUGGCGAUUACGACAUUAACUUUUGGUUUUAUUCGCCAACUAACCGUGUCUUACAAUCCGAUUUCAAGAAACGCGAUGGGCAUCAAACGUUGAAAUUAGAAGAAACAGGCGAAUAUCGCUUUUGUCUUGAUAAUUCCUUCUCACGAUUCAGUCAUAAGCAAGUCUAUUUCAGUUUAAGACCUGUCAAUGAACAGGGACAAAGUGUCGUUGAACAUGCCACUGAAUCAUGGAUGAAAACCAUGGAAGUCGAUCAACUUGGCGAAUUACAAGCAAAAGUUCAAGAUAUUCGAGAUACGUUUCAACGCAUUUACGAUCACAUGGAAACAGCUCAACAUUAUCAGAAUAGUUUUCGCAAUCACGAAGUUCACGAUCGUCUGAUUUUAGAAAAUAAUUUUCAGCGAAUCAAUUUUUGGUCAAUUAUUAAUUUAACUCUAAUGAUAACUGUUACCAUUGUUCAAGUGAUAACUAUUCGUAGUUUNAAAACUAAGCAUAAGAACAGAUCCCUGGCCGUAGUCAUCGUCGUCGUUGUUGAUGAUCAGUGUUGUAGACCUCCGCAUCCGUACACACACAUAUAUUUGUAUCGGGAUCGAUCUUUGAAUUAUCAAAUCUACUAG